CUGAGAGACAGCUGGAUUAGUAAGGAUCUCAGUUGUACCUCAUAGCUGUCUAUCUAUCCACGAUGAGGCUCAUUCUGACAAUCUCCUGCACCUUCACACUGUUCUACACAGGUAACUUACUGAAUUUAUGUAGAUUGGUUCUUACAUAUUUGUUAGUAGAUCCAACAUAUCCAUAUGUACACCUUAUUUUGACAUAUAGCAGUUAUGUUCAAUUUGAAUGUAUAAUAACAUGAUGACGAUCACAAUUGAUGUGUUUGGUUAAUUAUUUGUUUAAUGAUCGACCAAUAUUGAGAUAUAUGUCUCUUUUUUUCAUAAUCUUGGGUGUUUUGGUUUCUAGCUGACAUGCUCCAGUGCUACACUUGUGAGCCUGAGGAUGAACACUGUCGGACAGCAAUAUUAAAGAACUGUGUGAGAGCAGUAUGUUCCACCUUCACAAGCGUAGAUGAUCCUUCAGGUAAGUAUGGAGUUGAGUCUGUUGUUGUAAUGAAGGGUUGUGAUAAAUUCCAGACUCAUUACACAUUGUGAAGUAUUUUUUUCCCCAAUAUAUUUUUAUUUUAUAUUUCAAAUGUACAAUUGCACCAUUGUUACAGUUUACAUUGUGAAGGAUUUUUAACCUCUUCUCUCUCCAUCAAAUUCAGAUUCCAUCAGAGUAUCUAAGGGUUGUACAUAUGUAGCCAAAAACUGUUAUUUCAUGGAUAAAAUAACAAAACUGUCACUGAGCGACGGAUACUCACAAGCUUCCCAAUCUUCAUUUUGCUGCAACACGACAGGCUGCAACUUAGACACCCUACCUGGUAAGAACAUACAUCUAGUCAAAUUUACAAGCUCUCAGCUUUUCAUUGAUGGUCUAGUAUGAGAAAAGCAACGCUUGAUAUUUAUUAGUUUGCGUAGGUUGUUAUUUAAUGACAUAGUUGUUAAUCUGUGAUCUGUGCAGCCCUCAGUGACAAGCCCAAUAACCUACAUUGUCACACCUGGGUGAAUGGUACUCAUGAAGUUUUGCAAUGCGUUGGAAUUGAAGACCACUGCUUCAAAUAUAAAGGUGAGUUCAUUUUCAUUGGCAUGAAAUCCCAUUAGACGUGACACGUUAUAAUUAUUUUAAUACUUUAUUUAUAGAUUUUCAAAGAGACAUUGACAACAAGACAUGUUUUAGAGUAUUUUUUUUGUUUUGCAUGUUGCCAGAGCCCACUCCUGAUGGGGGAAAAGGCACCAUUUAUGGGGGCUGUGCCUCCAGUGACUCAUGCCUCUGGUCUGAGAUGCCCACCCAGACUAACCUCAACUGCUGUAAGGGGAGUCUGUGUAACAAAGCCAUGGGGAUGAGACUGAGCUCUCUCCCUCUUCUGCUGGGUCUCCUCAUCAUCUCACUGGUCUAGUUAGUGGGAGGAUUCAUGGUAAUUCCAACCGUUGGUGUGAUAUCCACAAUAAAUCAAUGUGUCAGUAUAUUCUAAGAAAUAUCUAAGAAAUGUUAAAUAUAAGUAAUAUUAAUGUGUUUGGAUGUUAAUGUAUUUGCAAGGAGGUAAUA